AACUGGGCUACUUUUAAGCCUGUGGGAUGGAAAAUCACUGAGCUUAGGAAGGUAAUUACUGUUCUGGUUUAUGAUCAUUUAGGUAUUUUUUUAUGCUUGGGUGUAGAUUUAAAUAUUUUAUGUAUUUUAUAUUUUAUUGUAAAAGGUCACAAUAUACAUUAUUUAUUUUGACCCUGCAGUCUUUUCAGGAGGACAUUUAAAGGAAAUAGUGUAGCACUGACUUAAUAGAGUAGCCACUAAAAAACUAAUGCUGAGACUUCCCAAUAUCUAAAACCACUGGACUGGAUCACAGUGGCUACAGCCAUCUUUUUCAUACAAUCUAUGAUAAAGGUCUAUAUUUAUUGUGCUUUUACUUAACACAUUUUUACUUUAUAUAGUAUUUUACUGCUCAAUAAAAGAAUGCUCAUUGGCUUACAUACCACUCCACUAAAUAUAGUAUGGUUUCUAUUCAGGGUAUGUGUGUUUUGUACUGUUUAAAAAAAAGAACAUUUACUUUUUUAAUGAAUGCUAAUAUUUUAUCACCAGUAAUUGUGAAUUUUUAAUUAUCUGUGUUGUCAGUAUGAGCAGUGAAUCACCUUGAAGCCAAUUUUAGGAAAAAUGUAGAAAUAAAAAUGGAUAAAAUUUUGUCUAAUUUGACAGUAUCAACUGCUGCUCAUGAUGCCUUACAAUAUAGACUGACUUGUCUGUUUAACUUCCUUUCAUGGAUCCUGUAAUAAAAGGUGCUUUAUCAUUUUCCCCCACAGUAAUCUGUAGUUAAUGAGAACCAUGAUGCUUAAUGACGAUAGCAUGAAAUUAAUUUAUCUCUGGGGAAUCAGCACUGAGUCAAACAUAAGAUAACCGAGGCCAAACAGAUCAGACAAGGGGAAGACCAUCUUUGACACUUUGUUAAUUGAAAACAUGUUGUGUGCUGAGAAGAGAAAUCUGAGCUCUUCUGACAGACAAAGUCAUUCUUAUUAGGUGAGCGAGGCACUGUCUCAUUUUAAUGGGUAAAUGGUUUGUUUUACAGGGUGAUUUGAGUUUACUGAUUAUUUUAUUAACAUGAGGCAGCUAAUUUCUGUUGUAAAUGUAAAUGAUAUUAUGCAUUAUGUUUUAUUCUAUCUUGUGUAUAUGGAAGUUUAAGUUGUGCUUUUUUUAACAGGUGUGCUGCAGCUUAAAGCAGCAAAAAUGCAGAAUCUGACUGAACUUCCUUUUAAUGCAACUUCCCAAAAAAGUCUGUCUGUUAUUAUCAAAGUAUGUGCAGUUAUCCCCUUCUUCAGCACCUUCCUCUGCUGCAUUGCUGUCAUGCUGCAUGUGUUUGCAUCUCACAGUCAGUUCCUAAACACUCCACGUUACAUCCUGUUUGCCCACAUGUUGAUCAAUGACACCCUGCAGCUUCUGUCCUCUGUGCUGCUUUUCCUACUUGUAAUGGGUCAGGUAAAAUUUCCUGUUUUCUACUGUGUUCCUCUGCUGUUCAUAUCCACAGUUACUUAUCAGAACACACCUUUAAUCCUGGCCACAAUGUCCCUGGAGCGUUAUGUUGCCAUCUUCUAUCCCCUGCAGCGCCCGGCUGCCUGGCGCUCAGGCCGUAUCUGGAUCAUUAAUCUUUGUCUGUGGCUUAUAAGCUGCAUGUCCCACAUCAUCGAGUACUCCAUUGGGAAGCAACGUCCUGCUGUAGAUGUCCUCUUUACACCUGUGCUCUGCAAAAAUAUACUUAUCAACUCAUCUCCAAUCCAAGCAUUAUUCAGAACUGCUAUGAGUGUGAUGUUCUUUGCAGUUGUGGCUGUUGUCAUCUUCUCCACAUAUGUGAGAAUCCUGCUGGAAACCAGGAAGCUGAGACAGGACAGAGUUUCUGUGAACAAAGCCAAGCACACUGUGCUGCUGCACGGCUUUCAGCUGCUUCUUUGCAUGUUGGCUUUCACUCUCCCCAUCACUGAAAGUCUGACAUUGUUGUACACUAACUGGCCAGCAGAAGACAUUGCCUUUUUCAAUUAUUUCUGUUUUAUCCUAAUCCCACGCUUUCUUAGCCCACUCAUCUACGGCUUCAGAGAUCACAGUCUGAGGAGAUACAUUGGGAAAACAUUCCUCUGCUGCUCAAACGCAGUCAAGCCCCAUUUCAGAAGCAAACAGCAGGACAGCUUGUCUGCUUCUUGAAAAACAAAACAGUUUAGACUCCUGCAGAAAACCUGUGCAGAAUAUCUGCAUCUCUGUCUGUCGUUUGCCCAAACGAACACUGAGCAGUUUCUUAUGCUGUAAUUAUUUUUUCCAUUCACACUGGCCAUUAACAGAUUCCUUGUUGUACUGCAUGUAAAACAAAUCUGGAAACACAAACAGGCAAUAUAUAU